CAUCUGCCACUGCUCUGUUCCCUUUUAUAAAAGAAAUGCAGAAAAAAACAUUGUACCUAAUCCUGACAUUCUGCUUUCUUUUUGUUUGGUUCUAGUUAUAAUGAUGUUUUUUAUUAGACUGAGUUUAUUAUGUUCUGUAGAGUUUCAAUCCCGUGCCUCUUACCGUACUGAACAUUAGUGCACUAUGGAGCUGUACUAUUUUGACUUAGUACGCUUUUGGACACAGCUUAAUAAUUAGUAUUUAAUGCUUAAUACGCUUUUGGACAUAGGUUUAGACUGUUGUGAAAAUGUUUACACGUCUAUUGUAGAUAGUAGGGAGGUAGCUUGCGGAUUGGAGCCGUAUUUGAGGUUUGGCGCUGCAUAUGCGCUUCUUUUCGAGACUGUACGGUAGAUUUUUAUCCCGUUCUGCCGUUGUAUCCUCUCCCACUGGAGCGCGUCGGGAAUCGGAACACAGCAGUUAGCGGCCACGGCAAUGGCUGAGCGCCGCGCCUUCGCUCAGAAAAUAAGCAGGACUGUAGCCGCGGAGGUGAGGAAGCAGAUCGCUGGUCAGUAUGGAGGUUCCCCUCAACUCCUCAAAAAUCUCCACAUGGGGGGGAAUUCAGCGAGCAACUCUGUGCCAUUGACCGAGGCGGUGGAGCCAGUGGACUUUGAGGAGUAUUUGAUCACUCAUCCACCCAUCAUUGAGUCGGGACCUCUGAGAGACCUCAUCGAGUUUCCUCCAGAUGAUAUUGAAGUAAUUUACACACCCAGAGAGUGCCGGACGCUGGGCCAGGCAGUGCCAGAGGAAGGUGACAACGAUGCACAUGUCCGUGACUGUAUCAGAUCCUACACUGAGGAUUGGGCCAUCGUCAACCGCAAGUACCAUAAGCUUGGUACAGGCUUUAACCCCAACACGCUGGACAAGCAGAAGGAGAGGCAGAGAGGUUUACCCAAGCAGGUCUUUGAGUCAGAUGAGCUGCCAGACCCCAGCAGCUAUCAGGACGAUCAGGAUGAUCUGAAGCGCAGGUCCAUGUCCAUAGAUGACACUCCUCGGGGUAGUUGGGCAUGCAGUAUAUUUGACCUGAAGAACUCCCAGCCUGAUGCUCUGCUCCCUCACCUGCUGGACCGAGUGCCGAAUGAGGAGAUUGACCGGCACAACGAAGAGCAACGCAAAGGCAACCGGCACCGAGAGCUCUUCGCCCUGCACCCAGCACUCGACGAGGAGGAGCCAAUCGAGCGUCACUGUGUUCCUGACGUGCCAAAGGAGCACUUUGGCCAGAGACUGCUUGUCAAGUGCUUGUCCCUGAAGUUUGAGAUAGAGAUCGAGCCAAUAUUUGCAAGUUUGGCCUUAUAUGAUGUCAAGGAAAAGAAAAAGAUAUCAGAGAACUUUUUCUUUGACCUGAACUCAGAGCAGACCAAAGCCAUGCUACGUCCUCACAUCCAAACAGCUGCUAUCUCCACCCUGGCCCGCUCCGCCAUCUUCUCCAUCACCUACCCCUCCCAAGAUGUCUUCCUGGUCAUAAAGCUUGAAAAGGUCCUGCAGCAGGGGGACAUAGGAGAAUGUGCAGAGCCUUACAUGGUCUUCAAGGAGUCAGAUGCCGCAAAAAAUAAGGAGAAGCUGGAGAAGCUGCGUGCUCAGUCGGAGCAGUUCUGCCAGAGGCUCGGUCGCUACAGAAUGCCCUUCGCUUGGACCGCCAUCCAUCUGAUGAAUAUAGUCAACAGUGCUGGCAGUCUGGAGAGAGACACCGAGCUGGAAAUGGGCCUGCCAGAGCGGAAGGGUUCCUGGUCUGAGCGGAGGAACUCCAGCAUUGUGGGUCGGCGCUCUUUAGAGAGGACCACCAGUGGGGAUGAGUACUGCAAUCUGACCAGCUUCAGGCCUGCUACACUCACCGUCACCAACUUCUUCAAACAGGAAGGAGAUCGGCUAAGCGAUGAGGAUCUUUACAAGUUUUUGGCUGACAUGAGGCGGCCCUCUUCAGUGUUACGCAGACUCAGGCCUAUUACAGCUCAGCUGAAGAUCGACAUCUCUCCUGCUCCUGAGAACCCACAUUACUGUCUGACUCCAGAGCUGCUCCAGGUCAAGCCUUAUCCAGACACCCGAGUACGGCCCACCAGAGAGAUCCUGGAGUUCCCAGCCAAGGACAUCUAUGUGCCCAACACCACGUACAGGAACCUGCUGUAUGUCAACCCACAGAGUCUGAAUUUCGCCAACCGCCAGGGCUCUGCUCGCAACAUCACAGUGAAGGUGCAGUUUAUGAACGGGGAGGACCCCAGCAAUGCCAUGCCUGUGAUCUUCGGUAAAUCCAGCUGUGGAGAGUUUUCAAAAGAGGCAUACACUGCGGUGGUCUAUCAUAACCGCUCUCCAGAUUUCCAUGAUGAGAUCAAAAUUAAGCUGCCAGCCUCCCUGAACGACCACCAUCACAUCCUCUUCACCUUCUAUCACGUUAGCUGUCAACAGAAGCAAAACACUCCUCUGGAGACACCAGUUGGAUACACGUGGAUUCCUAUGCUGCAGAACGGGCGUCUUAGAACGGGCCACUUCUGCCUGCCGGUGUCUCUGGAAAAACCACCGCAGUCUUAUUCUGUUCUCUCUCCUGACGUUCCUCUGCCUGGUAUGAAAUGGGUCGAUAACCACAGAGGAGUGUUUAACGUUGAGGUUGUAGCUGUGUCCACUAUCCACACACAGGACCAGUAUCUGGAUAAGUUCUUUGCGUUGGUGCACGCUCUGGAUGAGCACAUGUUCCCGGUGAGGAUCGGAGAUAUGCGGAUCAUGGAGAACAGCCUGGAAGCUGAGCUGAAGGGCAGCAUAGCAGCUCUGAGCUCCUCUCAGCUGGAACCAGUGGUGCGUUUCCUCCACCUGCUGCUCGACAAGCUGGUGCUGCUGGUGGUGCGGCCGCCUGUCAUCGCUGGACAGAUCGUCAAUCUUGGCCAGGCUUCUUUUGAGGCGAUGGCAUCCAUAGUAAACCGUCUGCAUAAAUAUUUGGACACCAGCCAGGACAUGCACGGCCGCAACAGCCUCCUCUCUUCCUAUAUUCACUACGUCUUCCGUCUGCCCAACAUGGACCCUAACUCUCCUUCCCCAGCAGGUCCUGGAGGCCUGGGCGGCUCGGUGCAUUACGCCACUAUGGCUCGGUCUGCCAUCAGACCAGCCAGCCUCAACCUCAACCGCUCCCGUAGCCUUAGCAACAGUAACCCUGACAUCUCUGGCACUCCAACGUCUCCGGACGAUGAAGUUCGUUCAAUUAUCGGCACUAAGGGCUUAGAUCGCUCCAACUCCUGGGUGCACACUAUGGGCUGCAAGAGUGGCCCCUGGGGGACCAGCCCUGGCUCGGCAUCCGAUACUGUGCAGGCCAUGGAGCGCAGUGGCAAUCGCAUGUCAUCGCACACUGAGAGCGCCAGUUUCUUGCAAACUUUAACAGGACGCUUGCCGACCAAAAAGCUCUUCCAUGAGGAACUGGCACUGCAGUGGGUGGUGAGCAGUGGCAGUGUGCGAGAAGGAGCUCUUCAACAAGCCUGGUUCUUCUUUGAGCUCAUGGUUAAAAGUAUAAUCCACCACUUGUACUUCACUGACCGUCUGGAGUCUCCCAGGAAGAACCGUUUUCCUGAGCGCUUCAUGGACGACAUCACGGCUCUGGUUAGCACCAUUGCAGGGGACAUCGUCUCGCGCUUCCAAAAGGAUCUGGAGUUGGUGGAGAGGCUCAACACAAGCCUGGCCUUCUUCCUUAAUGACCUGCUGUCUGUCAUGGACAGGGGCUUCGUCUUCACCCUCAUCAAGACAUACUGGAAACAGGUGUCCACUAAGCUGUACGCUCUGCAGAACCCCACUCUGGAGUCUCUGAGGCUCGACUUCCUCAGGAUCGUGUGUAGCCAUGAGCACUACGUCACGCUGAACCUGCCCUGCAGUCUGCUCACUCCUCCAGCUUCCCCCUCUCCCUCCGUCUCCUCUGCCACCUCACAGAGCUCUGGCUUCUCCACCCACGUGCAGGACCAGAAGAUUGCCAACAUGUUUGAGUUGUCAGUACCCUUUAGAGAACAGCACUACCUGGCUGGUUUGAUUCUAAGUGAACUCGCCGUUAUUCUGGACCCAGAGGCUGAUGGGUCAGUACACUGGAUGUUUGGCCUGCAUAAGAAGGUGAUCAGUGUGGUCCAUAACCUACUAUCCAGUCAUGACUCGGACCCACGCUACGCUGACCCUGAGGUUAAAGCCAGGGUCGCCAUGCUCUACCUACCUCUCAUUGGCAUCGUCAUGGAGACCCUGCCUCAGCUCCAUGACUUCACAGAGUCUCAUAACCAGUGGGGUCGUCUUGGAGUAGACGAACAGGAAGCUGAGGGCAAUAGCAUGAUCAGUCAGAGCGUAGCCAUGGCAAUAGCAGGGACCUCUGUUCCUCAGAUGUCACGGCCCAGUAGCUUCCUGCUUAACCCACAGGCCACCCGUCAGCAUGGUACCUUUUCUCCCGAGUCCAGCCGCAGUCUGCUCAUCUGUCUGCUGUGGGUGCUGAAGAACGCAGACGAGCUGGUGCUGCAGAAGUGGUUCACUGACCUGUCUGUGUCUCAGCUCAACCGCCUGCUGGACAUGCUCUACCUCUGUGUCUCCUGCUUCGAGUACAAGGCCCAUUUUUUAUUCAUGCAGGGAAAGAAGGCAUUUGAGCGCAUGAACAGUCUGACCUUUAAGAAAUCUAAAGACAUGAAGGCCAAGCUGGAGGAGGCCAUCCUGGGCAGUAUCGGAGCCAGGCAGGAGAUGGUGCGACGCAGCCGAGGACAGUUAGAACGGAGUCCCUCAGGCAGUGCGUUUGGCAGUCAAGAGAAUCUGCGCUGGAGGAAAGACAUGACACACUGGCGCCAGAACAGUGAAAAGAUGGACAAGGGCCACAGAUCAGUCAGGUUUAAGGAAAGCCUUCAGCGCAGUAGGAGGAGCCAUGAUGCCUUGAUAGAUAGAACCAGGGCAGAGCUGGAACAUGAGGCACUAAUAGACGGCAAUCUGGCAACCGAGGCCAACCUCAUCAUUCUUGACACUCUGGAAAUCAUAGUGCAGACUGUAUCUGUGACCGAGUCGAAGGAGAGCAUUCUGGGAGGUGUCCUCAAAGUCCUGCUUCACAGUAUGGCAUGCAACCAGAGUGCCCUCUAUCUUCAGCACUGCUUCGCGACACAGAGAGCUCUCGUCUCAAAGUUCCCAGAGCUGCUGUUUGAGGAGGAGACAGAGCAGUGUGCUGAUCUGUGUCUGCGUCUGCUGAGGAACUGCAGCAGUAGCAUUGGCACCAUUAGGUCACACGCAAGCGCCUCACUUUACCUGCUAAUGAGACAGAACUUUGAGAUUGGAAACAACUUUGCCAGAGUGAAAAUGCAGGUGACCAUGUCUCUGUCGUCUCUGGUUGGCACGUCUCAGAACUUUAACGAGGAGUUCCUGAGACGCUCGCUCAAAACCAUCCUGACCUAUGCUGAGGAGGACCUGGAGCUCCGAGAGACCACAUUCCCUGACCAGGUUCAGGACCUGGUGUUUAACCUGCAUAUGAUUUUGUCAGACACAGUAAAGAUGAAGGAACAUCAAGAGGAUCCAGAGAUGCUUAUUGAUCUGAUGUACAGAAUUGCUAAGGGUUAUCAGACGUCCCCGGAUUUAAGACUGACCUGGCUACAGAACAUGGCAGGGAAGCACUCGGAGAGGAAUAACCACGCAGAGGCGGCUCAGUGUCUUGUCCACAGCGCUGCCCUGGUAGCUGAAUAUCUCAGCAUGCUGGAGGAUCGCAAGUACCUGCCUGUGGGCUGUGUCACCUUCCAGAAUAUCUCCUCCAACGUACUGGAGGAGUCUGCUGUAUCUGAUGAUGUCGUGUCUCCGGAUGAGGAGGGUAUCUGCUCGGGGAAAUAUUUCACAGAAGCCGGGCUGGUGGGGUUGUUGGAGCAGGCUGCUGCCUCCUUCUCUAUGGCUGGCAUGUACGAGGCUGUGAACGAAGUCUACAAGGUACUCAUCCCUAUUCAUGAAGCUAACAGGGAUGCCAAGAAGCUGGCCACCAUUCAUGGUAAACUGCAGGAGGCCUUUGGCAAAAUAGUGCACCAGAGCACUGGCUGGGAGCGCAUGUUUGGUACUUACUUCAGAGUUGGAUUUUAUGGUUCUAAAUUUGGUGACUUGGACGAGCAGGAGUUUGUGUACAAAGAGCCGGCCAUCACCAAGCUGGCUGAAAUCUCACAUCGGCUUGAGGGUUUCUAUGGGGAGAGAUUUGGGGAGGAUCAAGUUGAAGUCAUUAAGGACUCGAAUCCAGUGGACAAAUGUAAACUGGAUCCAAAUAAGGCUUUCAUUCAGAUCACUUAUGUGGAACCGUACUUCGACACAUACGAGAUGAAGGACCGCAUCACGUAUUUUGACAAGAACUACAACCUGCGCCGCUUUGUUUACUGCACGCCGUUCACGCUAGAUGGCCGCGCACACGGAGACCUGCACGAGCAGUACAAACGCAAGACCAUUCUCACCACCAGCCACGCCUUUCCCUACAUCAAAACCCGCAUCAACAUCAUUCACAAGGAGGAGAUCAUCUCCAUGCCCAUUGAGGUGGCCAUUGAGGACAUGCAGAAGAAGACACAGGAACUGGCCUUCGCUACUCACCAGGAUCCAGCUGAUGCCAAGAUGUUACAGAUGGUGCUGCAGGGGUCUGUGGGCACCACAGUCAACCAGGGUCCUCUUGAGGUCGCUCAGGUCUUCCUGUCUGAAAUUCCAAGUGAUCCUAAACUCUACAGACACCACAACAAGCUGAGACUCUGCUUUAAAGACUUCACCAAGCGGUGUGAAGACGCCCUCCGCAAAAAUAAGAGUUUGAUAGGUCCUGACCAAAAGGAAUAUCAGCGGGAGCUGGAGAGAAAUUACCACAGGUUGAAGGAGGCUCUUCAGCCGCUCAUUAACAGGAAGAUCCCACAGCUCUACAAACCUGUGCUCCAGGUCAACUCUCACAGCAAACGGACAGCUUGACAAGAGACUCCUUUAGCAGAAUGAGCCUCCGUAAGCUUGAUAUGUGAGGAAGACGAGACGAUGGAAAGAACGGCAUUUUAUUUAUUUGCUUGUAAAUAUUCAACUCUUCUUGGAAAAAAAAAAAAAAAUCAGUGUUUUUGCCAGAACGGAGAAAGCUAAAAUAAGUGUUAUGGUAGUGUCAUUCCACUUUUGUAUGGGUUUACAGAGACGAUCUGUUACACUCUUUCAGCCUGUGUCAAAACUCUAUUUAAAAUAUUGUGUGCACUUUUUUAUUACCGUGUCCUCAAGCAUUUUAUCACAAAUGGUACGACUUUGAAAGUUUACUAUUUAAUCCGAAUGAAAAGCAAGCAAAAAAUGUACCAUUAUUUAUCAUGGAUUUUUUUUCCCCAUUUUUUUUUGUUACAUUUGUUUAAAGUUAUUGAAAUGUUUUAAACAUUUGAAUAAUUUUAUGUAGCUUUUGUUUACCUUGAAUAUUUUACUAAAUAAAUAUUUUAAUGCACAAUCAAA